CAAAUUUUAAACACGUCUUUCCGAGAACGGAACUCACGCCUCCCUCCAUGACGCCGUAACAGUCAAGUUAGAGAACCAAGCUGUCUCGCCAUAAGUAUGGCUUCCUUGGAGAUGACUAGCGAUUGCCUUGCAAACGGCGUGGACGACGCCUCUACGCCCAAUGGCACGAGCGGCGCUGCAGGAACAGCAACGCAGACACAAUCACCAAGCGACGGGCCGCUCGUCAGGACAUCGUCAUUGAGCAACUUGUCUCUCACCGAAUAUAGCGCUCAACCGACCCCGUCGAGUGAGGAUAGGAAGACACACAUCAAGAAAAUAGUGCCCGAUGAGUUCCUCCUGCCGAACGGCAACCCGGACUAUCUGCGUCUCAUCAUCACCUCGUACCCUCGGGUCAGGGAGGUGUGCAACGAGAUUCCGCUUGUACAUGCAGUCAACUUAAGCAACCGUCUCGAAUGCAGGGUGUUGCUCAAGCGCGAGGAUGAGCAGCCUGUGUUCAGUUUCAAGCUGCGGGGCGCCUACAACAAAAUGGCCCAUCUGGAUCCCGCAGAAUCCUGGAGGGGCGUGGUCUGCUGCAGCGCUGGCAACCAUGCCCAAGGCGUGGCGUACUCAGCCCGGAAGCUAAAGAUCCCCGCGACAAUCGUCAUGCCGAAAGGCACCCCCAGCAUUAAACAUCUAAACGUCUCCCGGCUGGGAGGCCAUGUCGUGCUCCACGGAACGGACUUUGAUGAGGCUAAGGAGGAGUGCGCCCGGAGGGCAAAACAGGGUGGGCUGAUCAAUAUCCCGCCCUUUGACGACCCUUAUGUCAUUGCUGGCCAGGGUACGAUCGGGAUGGAGAUCCUAGCUCAGACGAACUUGCAGAAGCUCCAGGCCAUUUUUUGCUGCGUGGGCGGUGGCGGCCUGAUCGCCGGUGUUGGUGUCUACGUAAAGCGCAUCGCGCCCCACGUGAAGAUAAUCGGAGUCGAAACCUACGAUGCGGACGCCAUGACACAAUCCCUAGCCAAGGGCGAGCGCGUGCUCCUGAAAGACGUCGGCCUAUUUGCAGAUGGCGCAGCGGUCAAGACGGUUGGGGAGGAGACGUUCCGCAUCUGCCAGGAGGUGGUAGACGAGAUGGUCCGCGUCACAACUGAUGAGGCGUGCGCGGCAAUCAAAGACAUGUUCGAGGACACCCGGUCUGUUGUCGAGCCAGCUGGAGCGUUGGCAAUUGCGGGGCUCAAGAAGUGGGUUGCCGCCAACCCGUCUAGUGACCCAACUAGGUCAGUUGUGGCCAUCACAUCCGGCGCCAACAUGAACUUCGACCGGCUGGGAUUCGUGGCUGCUCGCGCUACCUACGGUGAAGGGAGAGAGGCCCUCCUGGCAGCCAAGAUCCCGGAGAAACCUGGUGCAUUCGCCGAACUCAUCAACGCAGUCAUGCCUCAUGCUGUGACCGAGUUUAGCUACCGAUAUGCCAACGAAUCGGAGGCCAACGUUCUGGUUGGCAUCUCUCUCACUGCCCCGGGGAGCCAAAGAGCCCAAGAGCUACAGAACACCAUCAGCCGCAUCAAGGAAUCCGGGACAAUGGAUGUCACUGACUUGUCCGGGGACGAGCUCGCUAAAAGCCACAUCCGUUACAUGGUGGGUGGGCGGUCCAGGGUUCCAGAUGAGAGGCUGUUCAUGUUUCGAUUCCCGGAGCGACCUGGCGCUCUGGAACGUUUCCUGCAGACUUUGCGGCCGAAGUAUAACAUUAGCCUGUUCCAAUACAGAAACUACGGCGGUGAUAUUGGCCAGGUGCUGACGGGGAUCUUGUGUCCUGACGAGGAGAUCAACGAGCUACGGCGAUUUUUGAAAGAGAUCGGAUACCCAUGGGAGGAUUGUACAGAGUCGACAGUGUUCAGGACUUUUUUGAGAGCAGACUAGACUUAUGCAGAGCUUGGUUUCUAGACUUAUGGAACCGGGCGGGUUUGUUGCUUAGCAAAAGACUGCGUGCUUGGAUGUUUAUACGGGCCUUUCUCACAGCGCACACAAUAUUUAAGGUAGUCUUUAAGGCAUAGACUUUACUCUCGUGAGCGUUGCUAGCCGCAAGCGGCUAAUAGGGCGGAUACACCGCCGCAAGCGGUAGUAUAGGUCGCUGCUGCAUAGCCAUAUAGACUAGGUAGUCUCAACUGCUCAGACCAGC